AUGGCCCCUAUACUAGAAGUCAAAAACCUCCAUACGUACUUCGCAACCAACGAAGGCAUAGUGAAGGCCGUCAAUGGCGUAUCGCUGUCGCUGGAUGAGGACAGCGUACUUGGCGUCGUUGGAGAGAGCGGGUCGGGAAAAACAAUGACCGCUCUCUCAAUUCUGAAGCUCAUCCCGUACCCUGGUCAGAUCGUCGCAGGUCAGAUCCUGUACGGGGGCCGCGAUCUCCUUCAGAUGACGGACGACGAGAUGCGCAACAUCCGCGGACGGCAGAUUUCGCUGAUAUUUCAGGAUGCGGCUUCCGCUCUGAACCCCGUCAUCACAAUCGGCAGUCAGGUCGAGGAGUUGAUGCUGGAGCACACCGCCAUGAGCAAGCGGGAAGCUCAGCAGGUGACCACCGACCUAUUGGCCAACAUGGGCAUCCCGGACGCUAAGCAGAUGCUCAGUCGUUACCCGUUCCAGCUAAGUGGAGGAAUGGCCCAGCGCGUGAUGAUGGCGAUCGGAGUCGCCCUGAAGCCAAGGGUACUAAUUGCUGACGAGCCUACUUCCAACCUUGAUGUCACGCUCCAGGCCGAGAUGCUCCAGCGUCUGCGUAAUCUUAGGCAGGAGAGCGGCACCGCAAUUAUGCUUAUCACCCAUGACCUUGGGGUAAUUGCACAGAUGGCCGAGAACGUAGCCGUCGUCUAUGGUGGGUAUGUGGUCGAGUACGCCGAUACUCCUGCCCUGUAUAGGCGCCCAAUGCACCCGUACACAUGGGGCCUGUUCCAGUCGCUCCCCCGUCUGGACUCUGUCAACCAGAAGCUCAGACCUCUGAGCGGUGCUCCUCCACAGAUGCUCGACCCUCCGGACCAGUGCCCAUUCCUGCAACGGUGCUCCAAGGCGACCGUAGAGUGUCGUACCAGUCCCCGGCCUCCGCUACUUGAGGUUGAACCCGGCCACACUCUGGCCUGUUACAACCCGAUGGUGAUCGAAGAGACUGCCCGCAACUAG